AUGGAUGUCCAGGAGCCAUGGCGCCGCGGCUCACGGUCGGCGGCUGCCCGUCCUGGCGCUGCGCGGGUGAGGGAAGCAGUGCUCGAGGCCUGCGAGCGGAUGAACCGACCGGUCGAGGAGUCUGCCAAAGUAUUGCAGUACCUCGAGGCCGAGUGGCUUUGCGACCCGUGGACCUUGGGCUCCAUGUCGCAAGAGGCGUGGCAGCAGAUCAAGCUGCCUCUGGGCCUCAAGGAGUUCCUUCGCAGCCGCUUCCGCAGCGACGGCGACGCGGCCGCGUUGCCGGCCGCGUCGCCAGCCGGCGCAAGGCUUCCUUUUGCCAUGUCCCUCCCUCCGCCAUCACCCUCGCCAAGCCCAGCGGCGAGCCCGCAGUCGCCCUCGCCCUGGAGGGAACGAGACCCUAUGGAGGGCCUCUUGGAGCGUUUGCACACGGAGAUCAGCCGCAACGGCCGCAGCGUGCAGGGCAUGGCCCGGCGCUUCAAGCGCAUGGACGACGACCGAAACAACUACAUGGACGUGGGCGAGUUUGUCAAAGCCAUGAAUGAGCUGAGCCUCAACCUUUCGGAGGCUGAGUUGCAGAAGCUGUGGCAUUACCUGGACCGGGAUGGCAACGGGCGGGUGACCAUGGAGCAGUUCCUGCGGAUCUUCAAGCCCAAGCUCUCGGAGAGGCGCCGCUCGCUGGUGCAGCAGCUCUUCUCCUACCUCGACGCCAACCGCAACGGAGUGAUCCAGGUGGACGACCUCAAGCUACGCUGCGACCCCGGGGCUAUGGCCGAGGGGGUGCAGCGGGCGCGGGGCUGGCGGCCUGCACCGGACCAGGUCCUCGCCAACUUCUUGGAGAACUUCCGGCAGGUGGCGGGGGGCGCCAAGGCCGGGGAGGUGCGAUACCCCGACUUUGAGCGGUACUACGAGGGCUUGUCAGCAGGCAUCGAGUCGGACCAGUACUUCCAGGAAGUGCUGCUCAAAGCCUGGGACCUCCCGGAGAACUUCUUCCAGGCUGGCGGCGGUGGUGGCAUUGGCAGCGGAGGACGGAGUAGAGUGCCUCCACAGCACCAGCACCACAACCCCACCUUUCUGGACUCCACCCAGAAACACGGACACGGCCAUUCUCGGGGUCACACCGGACAUCGGCUGCUGCGGUCGCUGCGGCGGAGCCUGGCGCAGUGUUGUCGGGGAGGUGCUCAGCUGCUGUAUGGUGACAUUGUGACGCGCACCUACCAGCCCGGCCCAAGGCGCGGGGAUGACGGGCCGCCGGCGCAGGUGCCAAAGGAUGCCUUCGAGGCGGCGGUGCUGCGGCUGCUGCCGAGCAUGGAGCCCAGCGACCUGGCCACGCUCUGGGCGGUGUUCCAGGAUCCGGUGCGGGGUGACUGUGUGGACUAUCGCUCCUUCCUGAAGCAUUUGGAGGCUCCAUCGCACUCGAGGCAAGACUGUGCCGCGCAGCUCUUCGACGAGCUGGCGGCCGGGCGCGGUGUCCUGGACCUCAGCGACCGGCCGCUGCCCGCGGGCGCCCGGGCGGCCUUCGGCGAGAGGUCGGUGAGUCGCCAGAACUGGCUGGACUUCCACGGAUUGGUGGCCACUGCUGCAGGGGAGACCAGCGACUCUGUGUACGAGGCGCAGCUGCGGUACCUGUGGGAGAAGCGGGCGCCGCAUGCGCACCAAAGUGCCCCGGGCUACUACCGGGGCGUAUCCCGGGUGCAUCUGGGCUGGGACAAGGCGGGCCUCAGCAAGCUCUUCCCCAAGUACAUCUUGGAGACCGACUCCGGCGUCUUUCUGAUGGCGGCCAAGAAGCAGAAGAACAACAAGACUUCGAAAUAUGUCAUCACCAUGUCCAGAACAGACGACAUGGGCAAAGACGAGGAAGCAUUCCUAGGGAAGCUGCGCUCGAACUUCCUGGGCUUGGAGUUCAUGGCCUAUGGGGAGGGCAUGAACCCCAAGAAGAUCGACAGCUCCAUGUCGCAGGUGCAUGCGCUGCAAUUGGCGAGGCAAGAGCUGCUUGCGGUCCAGUACAGCUCUUCCCUCUGGGGCACCAAGCCACGAGGGCCUCGGAAGAUGGGUGCGGUGAUCCCGAAGGUUCAACCCAAUGGCGAGCGCCUGGUUUGCAGGACGCUGACCCCUGAGACUCAGGGCCUGGUCGCCUUGCAGAAGGCAAGCAACACCAGCCACAUCCACUCCUUCCACAACAAGCCGCCGAAGUGGAACGAGCAGGUUGGCGCCUUUGUGCUGAACUUUAACAAGCGAGUGACGCAGGCGCGGAAGCGGCGCUUCGACGAUGCAGCUCGACUGUUGAUGUUAGUACCCCUUGGCCCCUUGUGGGGUUGUUUCAAGGGGAGCAAUCCAGGACUCAUUAUUUGGGUCCCAUAUUCCAUUUAG